GAUGGCGGCGCCCAGGCGGGGCGGAGCAGUGGCGGUGGGGGCGUGAGGCGCCGCUGUGCUGUGGCGAGCCCCUCUGCUUUUCCUUCGCCCGCAGCGAGGGGUAGGAGCGGAGGGCAGCUCCCUCCCCGCCCACCCACCCACCCCCGGUAGCGGCUGGGGGCCGCCGCGCCGAGCUUUCCGCGCCGGCUUCCACAGCUCCCCCGUUGGGGGCGGCGAGGAGGGUGCUGCGGCGCGAGGCCGCUCUCCCCGCGGGGCGGCGGUGGGACGUGGCGGGGACGGGGGUUCUGAGGGGAAGGCCCGAGCUGCCGGGCCCGGCGUGCCCGCACCCUGCGGCCCGGGCUCUGCCGCGCUUGUGCCGCGGCUGCCGCUGUCCUCCCGUCGCUGCUCCCGGGGGCUGCCCUCUCAAGUCUCGGCUCUUGCGUGCUCGCUGCCUCACGGUGCCUAUUUCCUGGCUUGUUAAAAGAGGCAUCUUAGAGUAAAUCUGUGCUGUGUAAAGUUCCAAAAAAAUUGUAAAGCUUGCUCGCUAUGAAAAAAAAACAACGAUGAAACGGCGAUGGAGGGGAAGGCAUCGCAGGAAAACCAGCUGAAGGCAGAAGUUUCUGCAGCGCGCCCUGUGCGCUCAGGGAGACGUCUCUUGGAAGAUAAGGGCUGCUCUAUUAAACAGUGACAAUUCUGAAAAGGGAGCUCUUAAAAAAAAAUUCCCACAGGAGUUUCCUCCAGGAAGUGCAUAUGAUUGCUGGCUGCAGUUUCAGGGAGUUGUUUCUUCCUGAAGACGGGAGCUGUGAUGUCCGUGGUCCAUCGGCUGGCAGCGGGGUGGCUUGUGGACCAUCUCUCUUUCAUCAACCAGUGUGGCUAUGAAACCUGUGACUCCUUUGCAUGCCCGAGUAGUGCAGCCCUCAAUAACUCUGUUGCUUCUACUGGAGGUUGUCAUGCUACUUCUGGCGUUGUUGCCACCUCUUCGUGGAGAGGUGGUCCUCUUCUGGAUCCUGGAGAUGCAAGAGAAACAGAAGGUAAAAGAGCAAAAAAGAGAUAUGUGUUUCGGGAUGAGUUCUUUGACAUUUCUAAGCCCCAUAUAGCUGCAGCUCCUGAGAAGCAGCUGUGGCAGGGAUGCCCAGAGGUGAGUGGCACAGAAGUACAGACCAACAGCAGCAGAGAGGAACAUCAAGACGGAGCCAAGAGUGAAGCUGGAGAUUGUGUUGCCAGUGCUAGGAAGAAACGUAAAAGGAAAUGUGUAUACAACCAAGGUGAGCUGGAUGCCUUAGAAUACCAUUCAAGGGUCAGGAAGCUCAUUUGGGAAGGCACUUUGCACCUUGUUCAAGAAGGACUCAAAAGUGGUUUUCUUCACCCUGCUACUGCAGAGCUCAGUAGCAGGAAGAAUGUUGUCCCUGGACACACUGGCUGUGGAUUGGCUGAAUUAUGUGAAAUGGCAAAGCAGUUUCCAUCUGUGAAUGAAAGUGACCAUCAAGCUGUACAUGUGCUAGAUGAUGAAACCUCCAUUCCAGAGCAGGACGUGCUUUCGUGUGUUACAGAAAACAGCUCAAACUGGGCGAAGACAGUUGUCUUAAUGGGGCAGAAGUAUUUGGUGCCACCAAAAAGCAGUUUCCUUUUAUCUGAUAUUUCAUGUUUGCAGCCCCUGCUGAACUACAAGAAGAAGUAUGAUGUAAUUGUGAUUGAUCCACCAUGGGAGAACAAAUCUGUUAAAAGGAGUAACAGAUACAGCUACUUGUCUUCGUGGCAAAUCAAGCAGAUUCCUGUACCAGCACUAGCGGCUCCAAAUUGUCUUGUAGUCACGUGGGUGACUAAUAGACAGAAGCAUUUACGUUUUGUUAAGGAUGAACUUUAUCCUUAUUGGUCUGUGAAAACACUUGCUGAGUGGCACUGGGUCAAAAUUACUAGAGGUGGAGAAUUUGUAUUGCCUUUGGAUUCUUUACACAAAAAGCCCUAUGAAGUUCUUGUACUGGGGAGAGUUCAAGGACAUGUAAAGGAAGCCUUGAGGAAAUCUGAAGAUGUACUUCCAGUUCCAGAACAUAAGUUAAUUGUCAGCAUACCCUGCAGUCUGCAUUCACAUAAACCCCCUCUUACUGGCCCCCUUUAAUUAUUGAAAGACUGCAAUUAGUUUUUCCUGGAGCCUUUUCUUCUCCAGGCUGAAAAACCCCAACUCUUUCAGCCUGUCCUUAUAGGAGUGGUACUCCACCCUUCUGAUCGUGUUGCCAGCAAAUUUUGCACAAGAAAUCCUUAACUAAAUAGAGCAUUGAAAAAGAACAGUAAGUUUUACCGCAUUUUUUUAAUAUAAUGGGUUUGCAAAAUGAUAUAAGUGGUGUCUAAUUAGUUGAACCCCUGUGACACCAAACAGCAAUGCUCAGUGCAAGUUUUCUGUCAGAAUGUACGUUUUCCUCCAAACUUUCCAGACUGUCUCUGCAAAUGUUAGACUUAUUUAAACAUUUUAGCUUGUCUCUAAAAGCAGGUUUUUAGAAUGAGAUUCCUGCUGGUAGCAGUGGUUUUUUUAGACUGAAAGCUGCCUUGAUGAUAACCCAUCUGAGACAUUCAUUUGACAUUUGUGAAGGAUUAGGAGAAGGGUUGUUUAUAUAUAUGCCAUGCCAAAAUACAAGAAAGCCUGGAAACACCAUUACAGAAGCGUUUUGAAUGGAUUGAAGCUUUGGAAGAGGAGAUUGUGUAGGCAGGAUAUGUAUCUGGGGUUGAUUAAUACCCACUGGAAAGUGAAGUGGAUGCUAGUUUCUCUGCAGCAGGAGCAAUCCACUGGCAAACUUGAUGCAAAAAGUCCGAAUUUGGAUUGCAUCAAAAACCUCAGACUCUGAUGUAUGCUGAUUGGAUGCAUUUUUCCUUUCUGGAAUUAUUGUAUCUGAAGAGACUGUGUCAAGCAACAUAAUGUGGAUUUAUGAGUUGUUUUUUUAAGAUACAGAAAUUCUGAAACCACUGUGAGUUCUGAACAGAAAUGACCAAGAUAUCCCUUGGAAAAGGAAACGAUUUCAUAGUUUAACUUAUUUUGUUCUCAGUUGCAAAAAUUAAAACUUAACAUGUAAUUUUUAGUAUAGGUAUCUUUUUCAGUCUUUUUGUCACCUUUUUAAAGUUGUGUAUUCCUUAAACUUUACAUUUUUAUAUGUAAAAUCUUUGUAACUGUUUCCUGAAACCUAGUUAAGAUGUUGUUUAACGCAGCCACAAACUGAAUGGCUCUGUAUGACAAGUAACAUGUUUAAUGAUAAAGUCUUUGGAAUUAUACUUUUCAGGGGAAAUGCAAGAUCUCUCUAUCACUCCAAGAAUACCAGUUAUAAUCAAUGACAGAAUUCAUAUUAAUGACAAGCAUCUAUUUAUUUGGAUUUAAGUAGUAAAAAUGCCUAACUGAUUUAUUUCACUCAAUUAAAGAGCACCGUUAUAUAACUAUUUCUUCUGUUGCCAAGUUGAUAUUGAGAGGAAAAGAAGUCCCUGCAUUUUUAUAGUCUUUUUAGUGCUAUGCUUAUUCAAAUGGUGUUUCUUAUUCUACCUUUUAACAAUUGUCAUAAAAAAAAAGCUUUUAUCCACUUUAAGAUGUGAAGGAAAAGAGUGUGAUCUUAAUUAAGGAAAGGUUUUAUGUAUUUUGAAAAAUGUUGCCCCUGUGUUAAAGGAGCUAAGUGAGUCUUUAGGAGGUGUUUGGUUGAUAUUAGUGAAAAAUUCAGAACUCAUCUAUAUGGAGGCUGAUAUAAAUCCUCAUUCCCUUUCAUCCAAAUGAAAACCAAUAAAUCAAGGCUAUUGAAGGCCUUGACAGUAUUGUUCAGAAUUUCAAGGGCACUUACUUAAAAUUACUUUCUCACUAUAAAUAGUCUAGCUGUUUGAUGAAACCUCUGAAAUUAAUUUGCCAUCUCUUUUUUUAAUGAAGCAUUCAUUUUUUUCAUCCAGAGUAGCACAGGGGAUAUUUUAUUUGUUUACUAUUGUUAUUUUUGUCUUUGUCACUGUUAUCUCCUUUUUUUUUUUUCUC